UUCAUCAACUCAAAGUCAGCUCUCAAGAAACAUGCAGAGGUCAGCCAAGAGAUUCAAACAAGAGGGAAGUACCUCAAUGAACAACCCACCGUUGACACCUCCAACUGAGGCGGCGCCACCUCCCCGGCUUACGAGUGAAGAGGAAGUUUCCGUCAUGAUAGCUGCGUUAAAGAAUGUCAUUACUGGUGACACCGCCAAUUGUCAUUUUGAAUAUGCUGCUGCCACUUCUUUAUCACCUUCUUCAACAAGUCUUUCUCAAGGGGACCAGGUGUUAUUUUCAGUUGCUCAAGAUACAGAGACUUGCCAGGUUUGCGGAAUCCAAGGGUGUUUAGGGUGCAAUUAUUUUGGACCGGCCAUGGCGGUGGCCGCGGUGGAUGAAAGGAAGAAAAAAAAUGUGGUAGUGAAGAAAAAGAAGAAGAACUACAGAGGUGUAAGGCAGCGGCCAUGGGGGAAAUGGGCGGCGGAGAUUCGGGAUCCUCGCAAGGCAGCAAGAGUGUGGCUUGGUACAUUUGAGACGGCGGAGGAUGCAGCGCGGGCUUAUGAUAGGGCGGCGAUUGAGUUUAGAGGUCCACGAGCAAAGCUUAAUUUCUCUUUUGCUGAUUACACCGACGCCUCCACCUCCGCCACGGCAGCGGCCGCGGCCAAUCACAAUCAGCAGAAAAUGGUGCAUCAAGAAAAUGCAAGAAAUAACAAGAUUCCGACAGAAAUGAGAGUUGGGACCAGCAAUGAGAAGGAUUUCUGGGAUGCGAUUGGAGAAGAUGAAAUUCAAGAACUGAUGAUGACAAUGAUGAUGGAUUCCAGUGGACAAGAUUCAUCAGAUUCUGCCAGUAGGAUCUAAUAAAUUACAAUAUUAAUAAAAAACCCAUUAUAAUUUAGGUUCUUAUACAUAAAUUUCUGCAUUUUUUUUCUUGUGAAAAAUGUCCCAGCAAAAAUUCCAGAUUGUAUUGCAGCUGACAUAUUUAACAAAUUUAUUAAACAGUAGAAUGGAAUUAUGUGAAUAAAUUCUCUUUGUUUGGAUUA